AUGGGUGGGGAGCUGCUGGGGGACGGGCAGCAGGUGCAGCAGGCGAUAAGCUGGAACCACUUCGCGCUGCUGCUGACGGCGUGUCUGUUCGCGCUGCAGCAAAUGGGACUGUACUACUUCAUUUCGCGGUACUCGCUGUCCUUGCUGUCGCUUGCUGCAGUGGACCUGGUGCUGCUGCUGCUGCUGCUGCAGAGCAGCAGCAGCGAGUACGCAGCCACCGAAGGCGGCACCUGCUGGGUCGUCUACGCCUGGAGCCUCUCCAUCAAGUACCUCCUCUUCUUCUUCGCAGUCUACUCGGGGGGGGGCCCCCAGGGGGGCCUCCUCUUCGGGGGCCCCGCGGGGGGGGUCCUGGAGGUGGGGUUGUUGUUCUCGCUGAGCGCGUGGGUCUACGCGCUGCUGGCCUUCCGCGCUGCUGCUGCGCUCUUCGGGGGCAUCAGCCACUACAGCCUGGACUCCAUGCUGCACACCGACGCAGCAACUCACGUGGUGUUCGACAUUUUGGACGGAGUUGCUGCAUUCCACACUUUCGCGCUGCUGCCUGCUGCAGUCAAGCAGCAAAAUGGUUGGCUGCACGUUUUGGCGGGCAUUUUGGUGCCCGUGGCUCUCUUCCUGCACGGCUACUCUUUUCCCGCGGUGGGGGGGGGCGGGGGGGGCCCCCCGGGGGCCCCCGCGGGGGGCCCCCUCAGGAGGGCGGGGGCCCCCGCGGGCGCUGCGGGGGCGGGCCCGCAGCAGCAGCCGCCGGGGGGCCCCUGGGGCCCUGCGCAGGGGGCCCCUAAUAGCUUCUCGGGAGAUGUGCAGACUAUGAGGAAACAUGCUGCUAUUGUGGGGAUGUUUUUCGUGGACUUGCCGCUCCUGGGGCUCCGCCUGUUUAUGUGGGCUUACUACCCCACCUACGAAGGAUUUUCCCCCUUCAUGUUCAAAAACAUAUGCUUCAUUCCCAUUCAGCUGACGCGGCUGCGGCAGUGCGCCGGCGCAGAGCGCUCGAGGGUACAGUUCGAAGAGGAGGGGGGCCCCCUAGAGGGGGCCCCCCCCUCUUACGGGGGUCGGGGGGCCUCCCGUCGGGGGCCCCCUGUGCCGCGUUCUGCUGCUGCUGUGGUGGCUUUGGAGGACCUCGCAGCAGCGGAGGAGCUGCUGCUGUCCCCGCGGGAAGAAGCAGCAGCAGCAGCAGCAAGAAGGAGAAAAACUAAUCGCUACUUCGGGGCCCCCCUGCUGCAGCAACGCAGAGACACGGGGGCCCCCUACUACCCCCUGAAGACUGCUGGGCAGCCAGAGGGGGCCCCUGACAGCGACAGCAACCCAGCGCAGCAGCAGCAGCAGCAGCAGCAGCAGCAGCAGCGAAAACUUACCAGCAGCGCAGAAGGGGCCUUCAAGGGAAUCGUUUUCUGGAGGCGGCAGCAAAACAAAGAACCAACAGCAGCAGAAAGCAAUGAAGACAGUCUCACAGAUUACGACGCAAGCUUGUCGAGGCUGGUGGCCGUGUGUCAGUCUGCAACAGAAGCAGCAAGGCGGCUGCCGGCGAAGGGCUUUACAGCAAAAAGAGUUUUUCAGAAGUUACUCUAUUCUUUUAGA